AAAAAACCGUCGCUGCGUCCCGCGAGUACCAACCGGGCGGCUAACCCUGCACCCACCAUCCCAUGCAUGGCCCAGGCAACACUCGACAUGAACACGGAGGGGCUCGGAGCACGCGGAGGGGGCCACAUAGGGCACGGACCACUCCCUUUCAGCGUCGAGUCACUACUGGAAGCUGAGCGCGAACGGGACUCCGAGCCUGGGGAGCUGGGGGAGGAGAGGCCGCCGGGUGCCUCGAAGCCCGGAGCCUGGCCCCCACCGGUCACGCACACGUGCCCCCCACGUGCCCCCAGCCCUCCACCCUGCACCCUUCGCAAACACAAAAACAACCGCAAGCCACGGACGCCCUUCACCACCGCGCAGCUGCUGGCGCUUGAGCGCAAGUUUCACCAGAAGCAGUACUUGUCCAUUGCUGAGCGCGCCGAGUUCUCCAGUAGCUUGAGCCUCACUGAGACUCAGGUCAAGAUCUGGUUUCAGAACCGCCGAGCCAAGGCCAAGCGGCUGCAGGAGGCUGAGCUGGAGAAGCUGAAGCUGGCAGCCAAGCCGGUACUGCCGGCGUUUGGCCUGCCAUUUCCGCUGGGCACUCAGCUGCACAGUUCCGCGGCUACGUUCGGCGGAGGUGCGGUUCCUGGGAUCCUCGCCGGGCCCGUCGCGGCUUAUGGCAUGUACUAUCUGUCUUAGCCCGUGGAACCAAGUCCUAUUCUCUUGGGCUCAGGCCUGCGCCACAACUCAGCUGCUGAUGCUCCUGGUGAUUUCUGAACCUUAGGUAUCCCUUUGAUUUUAGUUUUUCGUUUUUUACUGUUCAUACGAUGUUAUAUUUGAUGACUGGAGCCUAUCUGUAGGCAUCUUACAAAUACUUUAAACCUUCCUAAAAUCAUGUUCACACUAAUCUGUUUUCUGAAAGACAGUGAACACAGCUUCAUACAGUCGCUGAAAUGGACAAAAGUAGAACUCUCUACUUCGUACAAAGCUGCACCGAAGACUUUAGAGGCUCUUUUGGACUGGCAUAAA